AUGUCUCUGCGGCUACACGAAUUCAGCGAAGGUGCUGACUGGUCGUCAUGGAUCGAACGCCUGGCGUUCUACUUCGAAGCCAAUGAAAUCACCCAACCCACGAAGAAACGGGCGUUUCUUCUAAGCCAAUGUGGUGAGCGGACAUAUCAUACCAUACGAGCCCUUGUCCACCCUCGACUUCCAGCCGAAGUGGAUUAUGCCGAACUUGUGCAAAUUCUGAGUGGACACUUCGACCCUAAGCCUACCGAACUUCUGGGACGCUGCAAGUUCCACAAACGGGAUCAACUUCCCUCGGAAUCUACUUCACAGUACGUGACGGAGCUUCGAAGUAUUGCGAAGGAAUGCAACUUCGGAACACCAGCAGCGACGAAUUUGCAAACCACUGCAGAGUCAGGCGAUGCAGUAGCCCGGCCGGCCGACCCCGUUCCAGCUUUGGACACGUCGCUACCGCUCAACGUAAUGUUGAGAGACAGGCUGAUUUGCGGAGUUCGAGACCCAGCGCUUCAACAGCGUCUACUCACAGAACGGAACAUUACCUUCGAACGCGCUCUGGACCUAGCCUUGGCUGCAGAAUCCGCUUUAAACCAGCAGGCCCACAUCAAAGGAAUGGGUGACUCUCAGCAAAUUAACGCAAUGGCCAAGAAGGUUCCCAAUAAGAAGCGGAAGAAGGAUCGGCAACAUUCUCAGCCAUGUUUUCGCUGCGAUGGACAGCAUGAUCCAUCGGGUUGUCGAUUCAGGGACGCCGUUUGCCACUUCUGCAAAAAGAAAGGGCACAUCGAAAAGGCCUGUAGGUCCAAGAAGUCACUGAUGAAGGAUCGGACAACAAAUCAGUUGCAGCCAGAGCACGAAGACGUUACAGUACCGUCAGUCUACACGCUGCAUAACGUACGCUCCGAAGUAGCUCCGAAGAUAACCAUGGCUUUGAGGCUCAAUGACGUACCACACGUAAUGGAGGUAGACUCAGGCGCCGCUUUUUCGAUUAUUGGCGACGACACAUACAGGAACUUAUGGCGUACUCGACGUCCAAAGCUUCAGCCAGAACCAACAAUUUUGUCAACUUGGUCGGGCCAACCGUUGACACUUCUGGGGAAGAUCUCGGUUACCGUUCAGCUGGACGACAGCACGCAUGUUCUAUCCCUACGAGUAGUGAAGGGAGCUGGCUCAUCUCUCUUAGGGCGCGACUGGUUCCAGUACCUCGGAAUCUCCGUCAAGGUCAACCAGAUGCGCAUGGCUGAGACAGUCGAUACUGUACUGGCACAGUAUUCGGACGUCUUCGAUCCGGCUUUCAACGGACACAGUGGCACUCCAGUGCACAUCACCAUGAAACAGGAGGCUUCACCAAAGUUCUUGAAAGCUCGGCCUGUACCUUUUGCACUCCGGGACGCGGUGUUUAAGGAACUCGAGAAGCUCGAAACACAAGGCAUCUUGGAACCUGUGCAAGCUUCAAGAUGGGCUACGCCGAUUGUGAUCGUUAGAAAAAAGGAUAAUACCCUCCGGAUUUGCGGGGAUUACCGAACGACAGUAAACGCAAGCGUGGAAUUGGCGUCGUACCCGCUGCCAACGAUAGACCAGCUUCUGUCAACGUUACGAGGAGGAACGUUUUUUUCAAGAGUGGACCUGACUCAAGCAUAUCAACAGCUUCGUGUAGACGACGCCACGGCGGAAGCACUAACAAUCACUACACUCAAGGGAUUGUUCAAGGUGAAACGUCUACCGUUCGGAGUUUCCGUCUCCCCGCUGGUUUUUCAGCAAUUCAUGGAUCAACUCCUCAUGGGGCUUGACGGCGUGGUCGUCUAUCUUGAUGAUAUUUUGAUUUCCGCCGCAACCAUGGAAGAACACAGCGGACGUCUCACAGCCGUACUACAGAGGCUCAGGCAAGCUGGGCUAAAAGCAAAACGGGGGAAAUGCAUCUUUGGCGUGCAAGAGCUUGAGUUUUUGGGACACAUCGUCAACGCAGAAGGCGUUCGACCUUCUCACAGCAAAAUACAGGCUAUCGCCGAUGCUCCACCACCCACAAACAAAGCGCAGCUGCAGUCCUUCCUGGGCAUGCUGGCAUUCUACUGUAAAUUCAUCAAAGACCGAGCUACGAUUGCAGAGAGUCUGCAUAGGCUUUUGGAUGCGGAAGCCCCUUGGCGUUGGGAAGAAAAACAUCAAAGGGCAUUCGACGAGCUGAAAGGAAGGUUGCUGUCCGCUCCUGUCCUCCAGCACUAUGACGAGAAGAAACCCCUGUUCCUGUCCUGUGACGCCUCGCCGUACGGACUCGGCGCAGUCCUGGCACAGCCUGACGAUCAAGGAAACGAAGCUCCCAUUGCAUUCGCUUCGCGCACACUGGGGAAAGCUGAGCGCAACUAUGCACAGUUGGAUAAAGAGGGCUUAGCCAUCGUGUUUGCAGUGACACACUUCCACCAGUAUAUCGCAGGGAGAGAAGUAAUCAUCUACAGCGACCACAAACCCCUACUGGGCAUCAUGGGCGCGGACCGCCCGAUUCCUGCAGUUUUAUCUCCACGUAUGACAAGAUGGUGCCUGUUGCUUGGGGCGUACAGCUAUAAACUACAUUACAGGCCGGGAAAACGCCAUCAAAACGCCGACGCCCUCAGCAGACUGCCUCUACCUGUAGAAGAGGAUGAACCGGCGGGACCUGGAGAUGUGCUCAUGAUCGAGGCAGUUUCCAUUCCCCCUCUCACGCCUUCGGCUAUUGCGCAGUCAACUGCACAGGAUACAACCCUCUCAAGAGUGUAUCAAGGGGUACAGUCGGGUUACGUCUCAGAUUGGACCGGGAAAGAUUUUCUGCCCUUCAACGGUUCGCGAGUGGUUAUUCCCCCAGCGCUACAGUCGCAAGCUCUCACCCUGCUCCACGCUGGCCACAGAGGAAUGACAGCCAUGAAGCACGCUGCAAGAAGUUAUUUCUGGUGGCCACAACUCGACACCGCCAUCGAGAACGCCGUAAGCAGCUGCCACACGUGUCAGCGCUAUGCCAAGUCUCUGCCCAGACAACCAUCACCUGUGUGGUCUCGUCCUCGCGUCGCUUGGUCUGUCCUCCACAUGGAUCUCGCAGGACCGAUUCACGGCCAAUCCUACCUUGUUGUAGUUGACGCCGUCACGAAGUGGCUCGAGGUGCGACCCGUGUCCACCGCAACAAGCUCCACCCUCAUCGACGCGCUACGCGCCAUCUUUGCCACUUUCGGACUUCCGCAACUCGUGGUCAGCGAUAAUGGUACCGCCUUCGUUUCCAGCGAGAUGAAGGCGUUCUUCAGCCGCAAUGGCGGAGAGGAUGGUUCAGGAGCUAAAGCGGGCCCUGAAGAAACACACCCAAGGAAGUAUUCAGUGUCGUCUGUCGAGAUUGCUCCUGAACCAGCACACCACAGCGCAUGCGGUAACCAAGGAGACGCCAGCCAAACAAAUGUUUGGAAGGGAAUUGAGGACUGCCCUGGACGCAAUUCACCCGCACUACGAGGACUCACCCCCGACACCCAAGCCCAGCUUGACGACCACUUCAAGGUCGGCCAGACCGCGUGGUUCAGGACUUUCACCAAUAAUGGAAAGUGGUGUCAAGUGAAGGUCUGCAGGAAGGUCGGCAAACGUUCCUACGAGGGCCUCACACAGGAUGGACGACUGCUUCGUCGGCAUGUGGAUCACAUGCGCAGGUCCUCUUCGCCGGUUGACAGCCGGUUCACAACCUCUUCGCCGGUUGACAGCCCACCACGUCUCACGACAAGCUUCCGGUUCCCCACUGGUGACAUAAAUUCGCCACCUGCAAGGCUACCGGUGCCGCCAAACGACUCGCCUUGCCCCACAGACGUGGUCCCCGUCACUUCCCAAGCUCGUUCGAGACAUAUUCCUCAAUGGCUUUCCACAGCGGCGGAGCACCCGCCUCACGACGACGCUCCACUACCGGCAGCACCUAGGGACAUCAUAUCGGGGCCUACAUCAUCUCGUGGUAGACCACUCAAGAAACCUGCGCGUUUCGGACAUUCAGUUUCAGACUAA